CUCAACGCCAUCAGCCUUUAUGGGGGGAGCCAUAUAGUGUCUGAAAGCAGUUUCAGAAGUUUACUUAGUGGUGCGCUAUUACUGCCAUAGACAUACAACACACUGUUCAUCCCUAUUCUGAUUCACGAUGCAACCGCUGUUUCUUCUCCUCAUCUGUGUCUGGGUGGUGAGAGGCUCCACUGCAAUGUCCAUAUCGAGUGCUGGAUGUGGGAUUGAGAAAGUCUGCUUCAACCAACCUGCCGACUGCGACCCUGCUGCUGACCCGACCUGCUACUUUAUGUCGGUCAUGUCAUCGCCCAACACUUCAGCAAUCACUAUUGAGCUCCAGGGUCAGGCAAACGGCUACAUCUCGUUUGGGUUUUCAGAUGACCAGCUGAUGGGGAACGAUGACAUCUACAUUUGCGGCACUGACGGCAAUGGUACUGUCCAAGUUCAACGCGCCUUCUCCACUGGGAGAGGUAGACCAACAAUCCUCUCACUGGGUAAUGUUUCAGAUAUUACAGCAUCAAUGAUGGAUGGAGUGAUCAGCUGUUCUUUCAUUUCACAAAACCCCAUCAGCACUGUGAGGGCCUCUGAACAGAACAGCACUUACUUCCUCUUGUUUGCCUACGGCUCCAGUAGUGAUGGUUUAAUCCAGUAUCAUGGUAGUAAUACAUUUGUCAGCAGUUCCAGAGUGGAUAUAUUCAACCCACAGAUCCUGGCAAGUGCUCCACGGCAUCAGAUCAUUAAAGCCCAUGGCUCACUUAUGCUGAUUGCAUGGAUGACCACUGCUAGCUUAGGCAUGAUCUCUGCACGUUAUUUGAAAGCAGUCACCAAGGGAAGAGGCUGCUGUGGCAAAGACUUCUGGUUCUUGGCACACGUGUCUUUAAUGUCCUUAUCUGUUGUUAUGACCGCUGCUUCAUUCAUCCUGGUGUUUGUGCACAAGAGAAGUUGGAGUGGGGGGGCUCACCCAGUAUUAGGAUGCAUAGUCAUGAUCCUCAGCCUGAUCCAGCCAAUCGUAGCUGCAUUCCGCUGUGCACCUCAACACGAAAGGAGAUUCAUUUUCAAUUGGCUACAUGCUCUCAAUGCUGUGGUCAUUAAGGUUCUUGCAGUGGCAGCCAUAUUCACCGGAUUGUUGCUAUUUGAUGACUCUCGGAUCCAGUGGCUUGUCAAGGUGAUGGGAGCAUUUGUCGGCUGGGAGGUGCUCUUUUACAUCAUUCAAGAUGCUUACAAGUGGUUGAGGAGAAAAGGUGAAGACGAACCCGCUGUUGAACUGGUUGGUACAGAAAUUAUUCUUGUGGUUCUGUUCUUCCUUGGGAACUUGGCAUUCUUGCUGGCACUCCUGAUUGGAAUUGGCACGGCAUAGAGUUUAGAGUUUCUACAUAUGUACAUACAUUUAGUUUUAUCAGAUAUUUAAUUAGUAGAGUUCACUGUAAAAUAAAAUAUGCUAAACACUCUACACUCGCCAUGCUGGUGUAUGAUACAGUAACCUAGUGCCUCCACUGGCUGGCGUGAUAUAAGCUGAUAGCUGUGCUGCUUUCUGAUGAAAUACUAUAAGUAUUAAACUAAAUAUGAAUACUAAAUAAUAAUUAAUAGUUUUUAGUAGGCUAAUUUAGUCAAUGAGCGAGAAUGUCUGAAUGUUUGCUAAAAACAUCUAGUACUGAACGUCAUUGUACCAUCAUAUUAAUUUCAUACUUUUGUAAAAUCGUACUGUAUAUUUCCAUGUUAUUAAAGGGAUUCUCUGUCCAAAAUAAAAAAAAAAUAA